AUGGUCUGGUUCCUCAAAGAUCACUGUUUGAAACGUUUCAUUUUAGCUCUUGCUGUGCUUAUUCUCCAGGGCAGUUGCAAUUUAUUUGUUGAUGGUGGAGACUCCCUGUCUUUGGGGGCUUCUCUGAGGGGAAAGCAGACCAUAACUUCAAAGAAUGGUACGUUUGCAUUGGGAUUUUUUAAUCCAAAUGGAACCAACAACUGGUAUGUUGGCAUCUGGUAUGCUCAGAUCCCAGACAAGACCAUCGUUUGGGUGGCUAACAGAGAAACUCCCAUCACAGACAUGCCCGGCGUUUUUACGCUCUCUUCAACUGGUGCCCAAAACAUUUCUGAGAUUGUGUGGGAGAGCUUUGCGAAUCCCACGGAUACAGUUUUGCCUACCGUGAAGUUUUGGAAGGGCUUGAAAGUAAACUCUUGGAAGAGUUCCAUGGAUCCAGCACCCGGGCCCUUCUUUGCCCAAAUAAAUCCAUCCCCAGGAAAAACUGACGUUUUAUUGCAGUAUAAAAAUGGUGUUUCAUAUUACAGCACGGGAGAAUGGAAUGGUAGCUACUUCGCCACUUUGCCAGGGUCUCCAGCUUCUUCCAUUGUGAAGGUGGAAUUCAAAGUGUUCUCUUCCACAAGAAUGUAUUACAGUUUUAAGGUUGCACCCCAGGCUGAUGCGGCGUGUAUGGUAUGUGCGGCACUUAUGGAGUGUGUUCCACCCAAGAAAUCAGUCAGCCUUGCAGAUGUGCGGAAGGCUUCCACCCAAGAGAUGCUACUGCCUGGCGUUCUCAGGAGUGGUGGUCAAGCGGUUGUGUUCGGCGUACUCCAUUACAAUGCUUUGCCAUCUGUAGACACACAAAAUUGUCAUGUCUAA